AUGCCAGGAGAAAGUGUAAGUAAUAUUUUUCUUGGUGUUGUAGGUGUGAAAGGGAAAAAUGGCCCAGAUGGUGAUGCGGGUUUCCCUGGAAACAAAGGCGAAGAUGGGAAAAUUGGUAUUUCUGGAGAUACUGGCCUUUCUGGCGCCCCAGGUCUCCCUGGGAUUUCUGGCCUUAGAGGAGACCCAGGGCUUCCAGGUUCUCCUGGUCAUCCCGGAGCAAGUGGGCCCCAGGGAGCCCCUGGCCUACUAGGACACAAAGGCUUCCCUGGACUUCCUGGUUUACAGGGAUUGAAUGGGCUUCCAGGCACUAAGGGUGCCCAUGGCACUCCAGGACCCAGUAUAAUUGGUGUGUCUGGGCCUGCCGGCCUGCCUGGCCCCAAAGGUGAGAAGGGCUCUCCAAGAAUAGACACCAGAGCCCCAGGGAAACCAGGUCUAAGAGGACAAAAAGGUGGCCGAGAUAAGUAAGCCCAAGUCAGGCCUUGUAGAAGCUAAGAGAGGCCUUG